UAUCGAUAAUUCGCUCUUUUUGUGAACCCGUGACAACCCUAUUACUCAAGCCGUUGUUGUUCUUUCAAUUAAGCUAUUAUUAUUUAAAAAGAACCAUGGUAGUGCUAAGCUCUUGCUGGUCACCCAUCAUCUGGUCGGAUAAUGUCCGGACGGGAAGUUAUGCUGUGGCCGGCUAUACGGCUGCGCUGUCCGUUGUGCUCAUCACAAUAAUUUCCUAUAUGCUAGCGGGAGGGGAGUCUGCGCAACUUUACACACCUCUUUUUGAGACCGAUAUCCGUUCAUCGAUGCCCAUUGCUGGUGGAUUCUUUAUUAUUUACUUCCUACUGAUCAUCUUGUCCUCUUAUUUGGUUUACUACGGCAUUAAGAUAAGCACACGAGGAUGGCUACUUCCCUGGUUGGGUCUCAUAGGAUUGGCUAUUCUCUUCCAGUUCUGCUGGAGUUUGUGGCUUAUUGGAGGCUACUAUAUUUAUCUGGAGCAAACUUUCUCGGCUCUUUUAAACUUCGUUUGGUGUGCAUAUAAUAUCUAUUGCUGGCUUGUGGUCUUUUCGCAGUACCAGAUAUUCUUGAAAAUUCAGAAUCCAAACAUUGAGCUGCUAAUGCCAUAACGGGAGCCCUUCCAAUAAUGAGCUCGAAUAAUCUAUUAGGAUACAUACUUGACACGCUACAAGAACUCCGUCCAAGCGCAUUUUUUCUACAAUAAGAAUUCCAUUCAUUUCCACAGAUGCCUACCAAAUAGUUUUUAUAAAUUUAUAUAUUUUACAAACUUUUAUACACGAUUAAUUAUACUAAUGUAUAAAUCGAAUGCCUUAGUCUGCUAAACGACAAUUAAAACAAAUAGAUUCGUAAAACUAAAAAA